GCUCCGCUCCUCCCCGCCCCGCCGCCGCCACCGGGCCCCGAGCAGCGCCCGGCGCCGCCAGCAUGGCCCUCCAGCCUCCGCCCCGCUCCUGCGACACCUUCGUGGCGCUGCCGCCCGCCGCGGCGGGGGGUCGCGUCGUCUUCGGCAAGAACUCGGACCGGCCGGCGGACGAGGUGCAAGAGAUCGUCUACUUUCCGGCCGCCGCGCACCCGCCCGGCGCCAGCCUGGAGUGCACGUUCGUGGCGGUGGAGCAGGCGGAGCGGACCCACGCCGUGGUGCUGAGCCGGCCCGCCUGGCUGUGGGGCGCCGAGAUGGGCGCCAACGAGCACGGCGUGUGCAUCGGGAACGAAGCGGUGUGGGGCAGAGAGGAGGUCGGCGACGAGGAGGCUCUGCUGGGCAUGGACCUCGUCAGGCUUGGACUGGAGAGAGCAGACACAGCUGAAAAGGCUCUUACUGUCAUAGUUGAUUUGCUGGAAAAAUAUGGACAGGGAGGAAACUGUAUGGAGAGCCACAUGGCAUUUACAUACCAUAACAGCUUUCUGAUUGCCGACAGAAAGGAAGCAUGGGUGCUGGAGACAUCAGGAAAAUACUGGGCAGCAGAAAAAGUAGAAGGAGGUGUACGGAAUAUUUCCAACCAGCUCUCUAUCACAACCAAGAUUGACAGAGAACACCCAGAACUGAGGGAAUAUGCCAAAAGCAAGGGCUGGUGGGAUGGAGAAAAGGAAUUUGAUUUUGCUGCCACAUACUCUUAUGUAAAUACUGCCAGAAUGACCACAUCCAGAGGACGAUAUUGUGAAGGCUAUAAACUUCUGAACAAACACAAAGGAUCUAUCACUUCUGAAAUAAUGAUGGAAAUCCUUCGUGACAAAGAGAGUGGCAUUAAUAUGGAAGGUGGAUUUAUGACAACUGGAAGCAUGGUGUCUGUGUUGCCUCAGCAGCCUCAUCUGCCCUGUAUUCACUUCUUUACUGGAACUCCAGAUCCUGCGAGGUCUGUAUUCAAGCCUUUCAUUUUUGUGCCCAAUAUUACUCAGCUAUUAAAAACUAGCUCCCCUACAUUUGGUCACAAUGAUCCAGUUAAGAAGCAACCACGUUUUCAGAAUAAGCCAGAUAGAAGACAUGAGCUCUAUAAAAAACACGAAAGUGCUGCUGUGGUUAUGGAAACUAUGAAGGACAAAGGUAAAGAGAUGCUGAAAGAGAUACAGGAGCUGGAGAAACAGAAGAUAAGUGAAAUGGAAUCAAUCCUGCAAAACGGAUGUCUUGAUGUUACCCAAGUGGUUAACCUUUUUCCACGGUGUGUAGAAGAAGAACUCAAAAUAUAUAGUUAAAACUGCCAUUUGGAUGUGGUAAAAUUCAGUUUUAUGAUUAACUAUUCUAAUUAAGUGGUUAUAUAGAUUACAUCGUAUUUUCAAAUACCAGUUAGUAUGGACAGUUUUAAAGAUGUGGCUUCAUCUUCAGGACAAACAGCUUUUGGUUGUACAAAGUAAUUCUGAAAAAGCUUAGGAGCUAGGCAGUGGUGUUGUAUGUGGCAUAAAGCUGUCAGCAGAGAUCGAUUUCCUCGACAAACAGAUGCAAUUAGAACUUAAUGGCUUGGCUAUGCUGCAGAACCACCCCAUCUCUGGAUGAAGAACAUGAACCUAGAUUUGGAGAACUCCCUUCUGGUGUACACACGUGCAGCUUUUAUAGUCAAGAUAAUCAUAGCAGAAUUUCACAUUGCCUGAAUUAAAAUGGCCAUUGUAGAAGCUAUUACUUUAACAGAAUAAAAAGGAUAGUGAUAUGCAAGUCAAGUAAGAUUGAUAUUCAGCUGUUUGAUAAAACCAUUCUAAGGUAAGUUUCAUAUAGGAACGUUCUAUUCCUUCAAUGUAAAAUGAGGCAAAGAAUUCAAGGUAUAUUAAAACCAAAUCACAGUUACAGUUUUACCAUGAUUUGUUGUGAAGUCAGAUUACAUGAAAUACAACAAUGCAAGCAUCCUGUAAGUUACUACACAAUUUUCCCUACCCUGAUGCAAAAAAAAAAUAAAUUAUUUAGAUACAAAA